GCCCAAAUCUCUAUAAAACUUACCUGCGUCUCACAAUACAUGCGCGCUGAGCUAGCUAGCUAUAAGCUUUGUAGCUCACAAUAAUAUCUCUCUUCGAUUUCUCCUUAGUCCCUUACCUCUAUUUCCAUGGAGAUCACAAACCAGCAUGCAGCAUUACUCUGCAGCCCAGGUAUGGGGCACCUCAUCCCUGUCCUUGAGCUCGGGAAACGACUCGUCACCCACCAAAACUUCACUGUCACAAUCUUCGUCGUCCCAUUGCACACUUCCAAGGCCGAAUCUGAACUCCUCGACGCAUCUGCCUUCCCACGUAGUCUGGACAUCAUCGAGCUCCCAUCACCUGAUGUUUCUGGCCUUGUCGACCCCGAUGCUGUCGUCGUCACACGCCUCGCAGAAAUGAUGCGACAAGUACGACCUGCGUUUCGUGCCGCCUUACACGACAUGAUCAAGUUUCGUCAUCGUCGCCCCACCAUGCUCAUCGUGGACCUAUUCGGCACCGAAUCUUUGCCUAUUGCCGAGGAGUUUGGGAUUCCAAAGUAUGUGUACAUUGCUUCCAAUGCAUGGUUCCUUUCUGUAAUGAUUUAUUCUCCAACACUAGAUGAGCAAGUCAAGGGUAAAUUUGUUGACCUCGAAGAUCCACUAGAAAUUCCUGGAUGUAGACAAUUAUUCCCAGAACUUGAUAUCGUUGACGCUUUGCUGGACCGGAGUAAUCAGCAGUACGACGAGCACAUGCUGAUGGGAAGAGGAAUCCCAAAGGGUGAUGGAAUUUUGAUAAACAUAUGGGAGGAACUAGAGCCCAAGUCCCUAGCAGCACUAAGAGAUGAGAAAUUCUUGGGCCGAUUUGCGAAUGUGCCUGUCUUUCCAAUUGGGCCGUUGAUGAGGCCCAAUGUGUCUUCCAGCCCGAGGGGUGAUGUGUUUGAUUGGCUAGAUGAGCAGCCCAAUGAAUCUGUGAUUUACGUGUCCUUUGGAAGCGGUGGGGCCCUGUCGUAUGAACAAAUGGUCGAGCUAGCUUGGGGUUUGGAGAUGAGUCAACAGAGGUUCGUUUGGAUCAUUCGGCCGCCUAUCAGAUCAUCUACCAACGAAACAUUUUUCACGGCAGGGAAUCACAAUGGCGAGAACAACAAUCUAACUAAAUACUUGCCCAAGGGGUUUUUGGGCCGAACCAAGCACAUUGGGUUUGUCAUCCCUUUGUGGGCUCCACAAGUGGAUAUCUUGGCCCAUCCAUCGGUCGGAGGGUUUUUGACACAUUGCGGGUGGAACUCAACCCUUGAAAGCAUCACCAACGGAGUACCAAUGAUCGCUUGGCCGCUUUACGCUGAGCAGAGGUUGAAUGCUACGUUGUUGACGGAGGAGCUAGGGGUGGCGGUUCGGUCAAAGAUACCCCCGUGGAAGAACGUGGUGGAGAGAGAAGAGAUAGAGGAAAUGGUGAGGAAAAUUAUGGAGGACAAAGAAGGUUUUGCAUUGAGAGAUAGAGCCAAGAAUCUUAAAUUCAGUGGUGCAAACGCUUUGGAACAAGGUGGUUCGUCUUAUGAUGCUCUUUCUCAGUUCACUAAACAUGCUGAAAUGUUCGUGCAAUUUGCAAAUGGUGUUGAUCAUCCUUCCCAAGUUCCGUGAGAAGUGUAUACAUGCAUUUGUUUUGUUUUUUUUUUUUUUUGAUUUGUCAAUCACACGGUGUCCUCAAAUGCUUCUUAGGCCCAGAGACUAAUCUGUGCUCGGGGGAUCUUGUCAGAACGCUUCCUCCCCCCUGGCCACCAAGAAUAUAUUGGGAUUUAACUCCAAUAAGUGUUGGAGGGAUUCGAACCCGGGUGUGGGGGUUCCACACCUGGAGGCUCUUACCAACUCGACCACCUGUGGUGGUUCAUUUGUUUUGUUUUUGAAUCUGUUUAAUUUGUUAUUCUUAUCAUAAAUCAUUGUGCUGCAAUUUAGAAUUACUAGUCUUAAUGAUUUAAUUGUUGUUUCAAUGAACUGCGUUUGUAUGUAAUUAAAU